AUGCGCCGGGGGCUCAUGGCGCUGCGGAGGGCGCUGAGCGCGGCGGGACGCAGGUGGGCGCAGGACCUGUGCUCCGUGGUGGGGGACACCAUCUUCGCCGUCUCCUCGGGACACGGGCGGUGCGGGGUGGCCGUCAUCCGCACCAGCGGGCCGGGCAGCCGGGGGGCCCUGCAGAGCCUCACCGGGCGCCCCGAGCUGCCCCCACCCCGCGUCCUGGCCCUGCGGCGCAUCCGCGACCCCGCCACCGCCGAGCCCCUGGACCGCGGCCUCGUCGUCUGGUUCCCAGGUCCCCAGAGCUUCACCGGGGAGGACUGCGCCGAGCUGCACGUGCACGGCGGGCCGGCGGUGGUGAGCGGGGUGCUGCGGGCGCUGGGGCGCUUGCCCGGGCUGCGUCCCGCCGAGCCCGGGGAGUUCACGCGCCGAGCCUUCCGCCGCGGGAAGCUGGACCUGACGGCGGCCGAGGGGCUGGGGGACCUGAUCCGGGCAGAGACGGAGGCCCAGCGGCGGCAGGCGCUGCGGCAGAUGGAGGGCGAGCUGGGCCGGCUCUACCAGCGCUGGAGCGAGACCCUCACCCAGGCUCUCGCCCACCUCGAAGCCUACAUCGACUUCAGCGAGGAUGACAACGUGGAGGAAGAGGUCUUGUCCCAAGUGGAUGCCACCGUGCGGGCGCUGGAGCAGGAGAUCGGUGCCCACCUGCGGGAUGGGCGCCGUGGGGAGCUGCUCCGCGGGGGGGUCCGCGCCGUCAUCGCCGGCCCCCCCAACGUGGGCAAGAGCAGCCUUCUCAACCUGCUGUGCCAGCGUCCGGCAGCCAUCGUGUCGCCGGUGGCGGGGACGACACGGGACGUGGUGGAGGUGGCCCUGAAUGUCGGCGGUUACCCCCUGGUGCUGAGUGACACGGCCGGGCUCCGCGAUGCCACCGACCCCGUCGAGCAGGAGGGGGUCAGCCGUGCUCGGGACCGGCUACGGCAAGCAGACCUGGUGCUGGCCGUGCUGGAUGCCGUGGCGGUGCCCACCGAGCCGGCCGAGCUGGGGGCUGCGCUGGGGUCCUUGCUGCCCCCCACUGCCCCCCCGCCUUGCAUCCUGGUGCUCAACAAGGCCGACCUGCUGCGGGGGGGCGAGGGGGCCCUGCGCCAUGCCUGCACCCAGGGGGACCCCCUGCCCCCCGCCGCCCUCCUCUCCUGCAAGACGGGCGAGGGGCUCGACCAACUCCUGGAGCUGCUGGCACGGCAGCUGGCGCGGCUAUGCGGAGACCCCCUGGCAGGCUCACCCAGCCUGACGCAGAGCCGGCACAGCCUCCACCUCGGUGACUGCGCGGCAGCGCUGGCACGCUACGGCCGGGAGCGCCGGCGGGACCUAGGGCUGGCGGCCGAGCGGCUGCGGUUGGCGCGGCGGCACCUGGGCCGGAUCACCGGCCACGUGGGCGCCGAGGACAUCCUCGACAUCAUCUUCAGGGACUUCUGCGUCGGCAAGUGAGGGGCGCAGG